AUGGCACAGCAACAGCAAGACGCAGAAGAAAACCCACCCAGGCGAUGCGUAGUGGUUCUGGGUAGUGCCGCCAAUCCUCCCCAUCGUGGCCAUCUCCAUUGCUUAAAGUUGGGCAAGCACAAGGCAGAAUCCUUGGGGUAUCAGGUGCUGACCACCAGCAUUGCCAUUGCUCCUCACGGCUAUGUCAAGCAGAAAAUGACCAAAGACGCUCCCCAGUCUGCCCUGGUCUUGUCGGAUGCCUCUCGUUUGAGAAUACUGGAACUGAUUACGCAAGGAAACAAUGCCGUUGCGCAGUUUCAUUGUCCUGACCGUGCCUACGGAAGUGCCUUGGAGUUGGGAAAGUCCAUUCGUCCAGACGAUAGUGUCGCCAUUGUGAUUGUGAAGGGGGGUGAUAGAGGCAAAAACAAAUGGAGGAAGGAGCCCAAGGCACAACACGGUGCCAUUCUCACGGUCUGUUGCGCACGUGACCAAGAGCAGUGGCAGACACUGCAGAAGUUGUUUGCCAAGGAUCAAUGCGAAGGACUUGUAAAGGAUCAAAACUUUCAUUUGGCUCUGGAAGUGGGGCCUCCCACAAGCAGCACCAUGAUCCGAUUCAUUCUGUUGCAGGAAGGUUCUUCCGAGGAGGGAAAAGUUGCUCUUUUGGCAGACCAUAGGUACAGUGGCGAGGCAGCAAGAUACAUGUUGUCUCAGGUACCGGUAGAUUCGAUUGGCUAG